AUGCCCAUGAAAAUAUCACACGUCCUUAAGGACCGCGAGGUGAGGUUCUCAUCUAGCUUAUCGGUCGGUCCCUUAGUACCUAUCCCAAUAUCUCGGAAGUCUGGUGACUACUGUAAAGAGACGACAAAAGCAGAUACCUACAACAAACAAGAAGAUGUAAGAAGGAAGAGAGGGUACCACCACGACAGAGACCACGGUUGCAACUGCCACCACGGCGCAUCCGAGGAAAACGGACAGAAGAAUGAAGCCGCACAGAAGGAGGCGACCAAGAAGACUCCAGAGGAAAUUCCGGACAAGGGCGUUCAUGGCUCCGCCACAACCCUUAAGCCAAAGGGGGUCAGUCGUCGCGCCAGGUCCAUGAAGACCACGAGCUCCUCAGCCAGGAGACGCGAGCUGGAAGCCAGAGAAGAAUUAGCACGCAUGAAGCUGAAGCAAGCCCAAGCUGCGGCGAAGAUAACCCGUGUCAGAUUAGAGCUGGCACAGUGUGAAGAGGAAGACUCCGUGGAUGAAGACCAGGAAGACAGAACAGCACAGGUGCAGAACUGGAUCGAGACAUCAGUAUUGGAAUUCCGAUGGUAUGACUUUACUGCAGCAACAGAAGAGGGCGAGUUCUCCGACCUGGCGAUGGUCUCCAAGUUCCUGAACAUCGAAGCAGACAAAAGUGAAGCCUUCGUGACCUCAAAAGAGAAGAGCGGGUUCAGAAGAACUCAUCGACAAGCUACGCAUUCUACAAGGAAAAAGGACUUCAAAGGAAGAGAUUCAAGACAGUCAACAUAG